GUUUCUUGCUAGCCAGAUCAGUGGUCGUAGUAUGAAAGUGUGGUCUUCGACGUACGCGGAUCAGUGCAGCAGUGGAGCUGUCGUUAUAUACGCUAUGCAUGUCACACUCUGACUGUACUGUCACAGAGUGGUACGCUAUAACCUUCUGCAAACAUACGCUCCUAUUCAUACUUCAAUACAGUUCACAGCGUUACUUGAGUAUAACGUGCAUCAGCUUCGAUGACUGAGCCCCCAGAAACCAUUCACUGAGCGAGUUGCUGGCAGAGUAUACCAUGAUCGCGACGCGAUGAAAUAUCCUCUAAUGUGUAGUGAAAGACCGUUAACGAGUACGUACCGCUGCGUCCGUGAAACGAACCCAGGAAUUCGACGCAGUACUUCUUCCUCUAUACCGCUAUACCGCUAUACUCUCCGGUAUGAACUACAACGUCUUAACCCCCAAUCUACACCUCAACCGCGCCGCAAACGUUAAUAUGGGCAAAGUGAAGAAGAUCAUCCGCUCAAUGCGCGCUCGGCUGACGACAUCAAGCUUUGGAAGGAGCGAUGAUUCCACGAAUUCGUCCAUACCUAGCAUGAGGAGCAGAUCAAGAUCAACUUCCGAGACCCAAGCAACGGUCUGUAGCGGAUCACGAACAACAACAAUCUCCAACUUAGUAUCCGAGGAAUCUCUCUGCUCUAUUACUGCGAUACUAGAUAGAACGCUGAGUAACGUUCUUCCCUUCAGAGAUCAGGUCAAUAGGAAUAUAGGCCAUCUAGACGCACGAGUCGCUCUCGAAGUCAACACUACCAUACUGCGUUUCGUCGAGAGGUUACCACUUGAUGAGCUGCAAGCCGUUGGUCGAGGGUCUACGGUCUCCUUUCUCCCCAACGACAACGACACGAUAACUAGUGACUCAAACUUGUCUUUCGCAUGCCGCUCAGCAAGGGAAGUCGAACGCGACCAUGCAGCCCGCCGACGUGGGCACGAUGGGGGCGUCGCGCACGAACAACUCAAUCGCGUAUUUCCAGAGUUCGCCGAAGGAUCGCUUGCCAGAUCAAGGGCGCUGAAUGUCACUAGUGUGGAAAACAGCAUGGAUAAUCCGUUGGCAAUCCAUUCAGUGCGACAAUCAAAGCAGGAGUAUACGCAACGAAAACGUAACAAUGACGCGAAUCCGUUUGGUGGGCUUGCUGAUCCAACGCACCACGAUAAAGUCAAACAUUGGCUCAUUGACCAAGAAGACUUCAGUAUAAAGGCAGAGGCGGAAUCUUCGGAUCCGCAAUACCGCAACGUUGAUCUAUCGUUUAGACCGCAAGCACAUAUGGAUCGCACCCCUUCCUUCACAAGACGGUCGUUCGACUCCUGUGAUCUCUUUCUGGAGUCUAUUGGUCUUCUGGUCGCUAAGAAUGAUCAUGAAACCAUUGGCGACGAAGAUUUCGACAAUCUGCCAGACUGGUCUGAUGUAGAGGACGAUCCGGAAUAUAACGUGUUUUUUGAGGAGCCGGAGUAUCAGUGGUCAGAAAGCGCAGCAUCAUCCAAUUUCACUGCGGAGCUGGAAAGUGCGACAGACGAGCUUGUACGAUCUCCGCAGCACAUGAUGAGUGACGAAGAGGCGCUGCCAGAUUGGUCGGACGUGGAAGAUGAAGCAGGAUACAACAAAGCCGAAAGGCAGUCGUUUACAAGCAACCGCAGUAGUGCGAAAGGCGUGCCAGAUUUGAUUAUGCCUGCAGUAUACCUGCCUUCUUGAUUUCCAGGUGUCGCAAACAGCGAUGAAGUCACGUCGAGA